AUGUUCUGGAAGAUUCUGGUAAAUGAGACGAACUUCGAGAAGAACUUUCCAAGACCAGAAGUUGAUGAUUUGAACCAUAUAAAAGCUUGGGAGAAGGAUAGAAUGAAGAGUUCAUCAAAAAUUUUGAUUCUGGCGAAGACGAAUCUAAGGAUUGUGUUCUUCUUGGCUGUCAUCUUUGGCGCACUGUGGAGUUACGACAUUCUGUUCAAAGAUAAUUGUGAACCAAUCGUUCUUUUUUCUGUCUUCUUCUUCUGCAUUGUCGCAUUAGUCUGUUAUUUUGUGUCAUUCAUUGGAACAUUUUAUAUUCAUGUAGUCUCAUUUCUCUCGAAAUUAGAUCAGAAGUCGAAAGCUUCUUUGAAUCGAGUCAUGUAA